AUCAAGUUUUUCCUCCCUCGUGCAACAUAGAAAAGAAUUUUCUCUCUUUAAACUACCUUGCGGGAUACCUACAACCAAAAACAGCAGAGGGGUGCCUUAUGUCUAACUUGGUCCAAGAAAGAGAAGUUCAUAUCAUUGAACUAAUCACUCCAAAUUCCAAUCCAUACAGUGCUUUCCAGGUGGAUAUAAUCGUUGACAUUAAACCAUCUCAACCAGGCGCCAAGCUUGUCAGAGACGUUGUACUUAUCCUCAAGUGUAAAAAGUCUGUCAAUUGGGUUAUCAAGUCGCAUGAUGUCCAGGGAAAGCUGGAAGUGAUUACAUCAAAUAGUAUUGGUUUUGGAAAGGAAACAGAACGAUCCAUGACUAUGAGUAAAUCAGUAAUACCUGAUAUUCCCUCAUCGCAUGAGAGUUUGAUCAAGUGGGCUUAUGAGCAUAACUAUAGUCCAGUUACUUCCUACACAAAAGCCCCUGUUGCUAACAGAUUUCAUCUGCAACUUGAAGAUACAGAAGAGAUGAACGAUGAAGACGACCAUUCCCUUCCUCCGGAGCUGACAGAAUUGCUGGGUGCUAACCCACUGCCUGCACCAAAGAAUCCUGCAUUAAGUGAUGGCCUCACUUUUCCUUUUCACAUUAACAGAGGAAGACAUGACACAAUGGGAGAAGGAAUCUUCCCAUCCAGGAGUUCAGUGGAUACAUUGAUAAAUCAUGACUUUGGGCAUUCCCUCUCAAAACAUAAAGAACCAGAAGAGGUUCAGGGCAGUGCUGGUGUAGCCCUGUCAAUAAAGUGUGAUGACAAAGUCAUGACAGUAGCUGUAGAAAAAGACUCUCUGCAGGCUAGCGGCUACACAAGGACAGAACUCUCGCUGCUGGAUCACUCUUGCAAAGCUAGGAUGAAUGGUACCCAUUUCAUUUUGGAGUCUUUGCUGCACAAAUGUGGGACUCAGACAGCAUAUAUCUUGAACAAGAUUGUUUAUUUUAACUCUAUUGUCAUUCAGCUGUCAUCACCAGCUGAAAGCAGCGGCUUUGAUGAUGAUGACAUGGAAUCAGGUGAUAAUGGAUUUCCAGGGGAUGCUGACGAGGGAGAUGCUGCUUUCUCAAGGUGGCCUGAAAUAGUGUUUAAUUGCACGCUGCACCAGCCAGAGGAUGACAGAGGCGUGUUCUGGCCUCCUGAACCACACAUCACCAAUGUGACCUUCAACAUGGAGCUGUACAAAACAGAUCUGUUCCUUGCUCCCUCUCAAGGACUCUUCUCUGUUGCUGAGAAUGGGCCAAUAUAUGUAGAGGUGUCUGUGACUAAAGCUGACAGAUCCUUGGGCUUUGCCAUUCAAACGUGCUUUGUUUCCCCGUUUUCAAAUCCAGAUAGAAUGUCUGACUACACCAUUAUAGAAAACAUUUGUCCUAAAGAUGAAUCUGUUAAAUUCUACAGCAUUGAGAAGGUGAACUUUCCGAUACCACAUGCACAAAAGGACAAAAAAAGAUUUAGCUUUGUGUUUAAACCAACGUUCAACACCUCACUGCUCUUUCUUCACUGCGAGUUGACUUUGUGUUCAAAUAAAGACAAAGAUACGCAAGGACUGCCAAAGUGCAUUCCUCCUGAUGAAGCUUGCACCUCUCUCAAUGUGGAUAUGAUCUUGGCCAUGAUGCACAACAAGAAAACCUUCACCAAGCCCCUUGUUGUAAUAACACAUGAAGGAAAACCAGAAGAUCCUUCCCUUCCAAAGCCAAAUGUGAGACAGCCACCUGUGUUCUACGGUCUGGACACGCUGACUGUCGUGGGCAUUGCCUUUGCAGCAUUUGUAAUCGGAGCCCUGCUAACGGGAGCACUCUGGUUUAUCUACUCUCACACAGGUAAGGUGUUUUCCAGCAAUUCCUCCCAUGAGCCUGUUGAACCAUCUAUAGACACGUGCGUGUCAGUAGAAAAGGAAUACUGGGAAGCCAACAUGAUAAAUCCUUCAGCAACAAUAGGACUUGGACCAAUCCCAUUAAAAGAAUUAUAUGAACAAAGUGCAUCAGUCAUAGUGACCACGUACAAGUAG